UCAAAUGUCAAUUACUGUGAAUUCUAUACAUUUACUGUGAAUUCUAGACGUCGUUCGUUGUUAAAUUUAAUGUGCUUUCUUUUACAAUAUAUAAUACGAGUUAUUAAAACGUAAAUCACCAAAAUUAUAACUUCUUAGAUUUUGCUUUCUUUAAUAUUUCUAUUCUGGUGUAGUACAAUCUGGCAACAGGUUAUUAUGUUACUCAACAAAACCAGGCUUGUAGGUUUCACUAAUCGAUCACACAAAAGCAAUAUGGAAGGAAACUCCACAUCGGACAUCGUGAUUCUAAGCGGCAAUUCGCAUCCAGAAUUAGCCGAAUUGGUCGCCAAUCGUCUGGGAGUUCGCAAAGGAGGAUGUUCUGUUUACCACAAGACAAACAGAGAAACUAUGGUGGAGAUUGCAGACUCAAUUCGUGGAAAAAACAUUUACAUUGUUCAAACUGGUACAAAGGAUGUCAACAACAACAUCAUGGAGCUACUCAUAAUGGCAUAUGCCUGUAAAACUUCUUCUGCACGGUCCAUUGUAGGGGUGAUUCCAUAUCUGCCAUACAGCAAGCAGUGCAAAAUGAGGAAACGAGGUUGCAUUGUCACAAAGCUGUUGGCUAAAAUGAUGUGCAAGUCGGGGUUGACACACAUCAUCACUAUGGACCUGCAUCAGAAGGAGAUCCAGGGUUUCUAUGAAUGCCCAGUUGAUAAUCUUAGAGCUUCACCGUUCCUGUUGCAAUACAUCCAAGAAAGUAUUCCAGAUUACCGGAACUCUGUGAUAGUUGCCCGCAACCCAGGUUCCGCAAAGAAGGCCACCUCUUACGCUGAACGUCUCCGCCUGGCCAUAGCCGUCAUACACGGAGAGCAGAAGGAGGCAGAAAGUGACGAGGUCGACGGCCGUUACUCUCCGCCGUGUAUACCAAGUGUCGACAGGUCGCGCACUAUGGACGUGUCCGUGGGAGUGCCGGUGCACCCCGCCAAGGAGAAGCCGCCGAUCAACGUGGUCGGCGACGUCGGCGGCAGGAUAGCUAUCAUGGUGGAUGAUAUGAUCGAUGACGUACAAUCAUUCGUGGCAGCCGCUGAAGUACUGAAAGAGUGUGGUGCUUACAAAAUAUACGUGCUGGCCACCCACGGGCUCCUUUCUUCCGACGCGCCGCGCCUUAUCGAAGACUCGCCAAUUGACGAGGUGGUUGUCACCAACACAGUUCCACACGAGCUACAAAAAAUGCAGUGCAACAAAAUAAAAACCAUUGACAUAUCCGUUCUCCUCAGCGAAGCCAUACGCCGCAUUCACAACAAGGAAUCCAUGUCGUAUUUAUUCAAAAAUGUCACCCUUGAAGACUAGUUCGCAUUUUUAUAUAUUUCAAUGUUAUUUUAUAGUCGUAAGUAUUAUUUGUUAAGUAUUACUCUAUCGCAUUAGAGGUUUAUAAUCAAAGAUAACAUCCUAUAAAUAUAUAUUAUUAUUUCUCCAUAGGAAAAUAGUAUUUUUAUAGAAUUACCUGUAUUUUAAUCAUGAAUCUUUGAUUAUAAAGUUCUAAUUUGUGCACUUGUAAUUCCCUCUAUUGCAUUACUAUGUUUAUUUAAAGACAGUGAAAUAUUUAUGGGAUCAAACAUUGGGUAAUAAUUAAGGCUUCAUUAUUUGGUUAUCUAAAUAAUUUGUUUGAUUGUUUGGAACCAAUACUGCAAAACAUGGGUACUAAUAAUUUUUACUUUUACAAAAAAAAAAGUUGUUGGUCUUUCAGCUUUCUUCUGUUCUAUGAAGGUAGGGUACUUUAUGAAAUAUCGGUUGUUGUCGAUCACACCGUCAUUUGUUUGUAAUCGAAUUGUGCUAAGGUGAUUUUCUAGUGUUUGUUGCUACUGUGUCAGAGGUUUAGAUAUUUCUUUUGUAAAUAAUACUUUCACUGAGCUAUUUACAUCUUCAAAAGCAAAUGUGUAUAGUAUAAAAGUAGAAAGUCCAUAGAAUGUAUUUGUAUUAUUAAAUAAAUAUCAAAUA